AUGAGUCAGCAGCAGCAACAGUUUAGACCGCAGUCAAACCAGCCCCCAGUGCAACCUGCUUCAAAAUCAAGGAUCGAUCCCGAUCAGAUCCCAUCGCCUGUCGCUGUUCAGGAGGCGGACCAGGUAGAAUGGGAUGAGAAGCCAUUUAUGACCUCAUCUAGAACGCACGUUACUCCUCUCGCCAGUUCCGACUUUAUGGCGAUCGAUGAAGGGAACUGCAACCCCAGGUUCUUCAGGAUGACUACCUAUAACGUUCCUAAUACGGAGGAGCUCUUGAAUACUUCGCAAUUACCCAUGGGUCUCAUCAUCCAGCCAUUAGCAAAUCUCCGUGCUAAUGAGGCUCCCAUUGAAACGGUCGAUUUUGGUGAGUCGGGUCCGACCAGAUGCCGUCGCUGCAACGCCUAUAUCAACCCUUUUAUGAUCUUCACCAACGGAGGCCAGCGUUUUGUUUGCAAUAUGUGUCUGUUUGAGAACGAUGUCGAUCCUGGUUACUUUUGUAACUUGGACAUGAGUGGCCGUCGUUUGGAUCUGGACCAGAGGCCAGAGUUGCGAAACGGCACCAUCGAAUUUGCGGUUCCAAAGGAGUACCACAACAAGGCACCGGCUCCUGCCGCAUAUGUCUUUGCGAUCGACGUGUCAUGGACCGCCAUCCAGAAUGGCAUGCUGGCGCAGUGCGUGACUGGUAUCAAGCGUGCUGUGUGGGAUGAAAAUGGCGCAUCGAGGCUGGCUCCCGGUGCCCAGAUUGGCAUCCUAACAUAUGACAAGACUGUGCAUUUCUACAACAUUUCGCCAAACUUAGAGCAGGCACAAAUGAUGGUUGUCCCGGAUGUCAACGAUGUCUUUGUGCCUCUCAGCGAUGGAUUCUUGGUCAACGCUGAGACCUCAAAGACUAUUGUGGAGACGUUAUUGGAUUCUCUCCCGCAGCUUUUUGCCGAAAACAAGACAGCAGAGACCGUUAUCGGUGCUGUCGUCCAGGCUGUGCGUGAAGCAUUGGAACACCGCGGAGGGAAGUUGAUCCUUUUUCAGACUGCUCUUCCAACAUACGGACCUGGUGCAUUGAAACACCGCGAGGACCUCAAACUUUAUGGCACUGACAAGGAGAAGAUCCUAUAUGCACCUCAGGAUGACUUCUACAAGAAUUUGGGAGAGUCAUGCGUCGAUGCUGGUCUUUGCGUUGAUCUGUUCCUUUUUCCGAAUGCCUACAUCGACGUCGCCACCCUGGGGUGUUUGUCGAGUAUCACAGGAGGCGAGACGCUCUUGUUCCCGAAAUUUAAUGCCUCGCGGGAUGGCGCGAAACUGAUUGGAAACAUUUCCAAGCUCGUAGGACGGCCGUUCGGAUUUGAUGCUUUGAUGCGAGUGCGUUGCUCCGCUGGUCUGAAAAUCACGGAGCACCUUGGAAACUUCCAUAUGAGAAAUAGUACAGAUGUGUCGUUGGCGGGAGUGGAUUCGGAGAAAGCAUUUGGGGUGUUGGUGAAGCACGAUGGCAAGCUGGACGAGAAAACGGAGGCGUCGUUCCAGGUCGCGUUGCUGUAUACAACGGCAGACGGACUGAGGAGGGUGAGGGUGCAUAACUUUAGCACGCCGGUGACAACGUUACUGGGCAAUGUGUUCCGCUGGGCGGACAUGGAUACGACCAUUAACUUUUUGAUCAAAGGAGCGAUCUCGCAAGCAUUGACCAAGCCUUUGAAGGAUGUGCGAGAUGCGUUGACAGACAAGUGCGUCAGGAUCUUGUCUUCAUACCGCAAGAACUGCGCUUCGUCUACCGCUCCAGGACAGCUCAUCCUUCCCGAGUCGUUCAAGCUGUUCCCUCUGUAUGCGUUGACAUUCCUCAAAUCCAAGUCGCUUCGCGCGGGCAGGGAUAUCAACAGUGAUAUGAGGGUGCACCAAAUGCGCAUGCUCAAAAGUAUGGGCGUCAGCGAAUCGAUCGCAUUCCUGUACCCGCGCAUGAUCCCCGUUCACGAAAUGGAUGACAAGGUCGGUGUACAAGACGCGACGGGUCGUGUCCGAUUGCCACCCUUGAUCCGUGUCUCAUACGCCCGCCUAAACAUGUUGGGCGCGUAUUUGCUUGAGAACGGGCAGGCCACGUACCUUUGGCUCGGACGCGAGAUUUCACCGCAGUUCCUGCAGGAUGUCUUUGGUGUACCGACCUUAGACGUUGUUGAUCCAACAAUGCACCAUUUGCCAGAGCUGACGAGCCAGACAAGUACACAGCUGCGAACGAUCAUCUCGUACAUGCAGAGCCAAAGGAGCAAGUACCUGGACCUAGUGGUGGUCCGUCAAGGAUUGGACCAGUCUGAGCUGGAGUUCUCGAACCAGUUAGUCGAGGACAAGAACAACGAGGCCAUGUCGUAUGUCGACUAUCUGUGUGCGAUCCAUCGCAUGAUCCAGAACGGGGUCUCCUCGAAGCCGAUUGAGUCCUCAUCGAUGGGAAUGUGGACUACCCGUUAG